AUGGCUGCACAGCUGGAUCCCGGUCUCCAAGACAAGCUCGACGAGCUAGAGAAAGAAUUGGAGACAAGCCGACUAACGCGCCGUCGCAGCUACCAGAAACGCCGCACACAACUUCUUUCCAGCUUCUUUGGCCCAGGCGCGCAACCAGGCAUCAUCGAUCCGAGAACAGGCUUGGGCAUUCAGCCCCAGCAACAAGCAGAGCCCGACCACGGCAGCAACGAUGGCCAUCGAGCUGCCGCACUCGCAGCCCUUGGUGGCAGGGACUCUGAUCCGACGAGUCCGACAUCACCAAGCCAGCGUCCAGCCUCACCGUUCGGUCAGCGUCCCGGUUCUGACUACGCCUCUCCCGCCGAAGUGAGCCCCGCCGGGUUGCUUCGUCCCGGCGGGCCACUCGCUGAACACCGACCGACGAUGCGAGCCCACGAUUCUCUCUUCCUCUCCCCCGCACCCGAACCAUCCACACGAACAGGCACCAUGGUGUCGGGCGACUAUGCGUUCAACCCCGACCAGCAGGACGCAUACGACAACCAGGCCGGCUACGCAGACCAAGGCCCGUAUCAAGAUCAGUACCAAGACCAAUACCAGCCGCAGUACGACAGCAGAUCAGGGACCAUGCUCGACUCGACGGGCUAUUUCUCUGGGUUCACUGGCCAGCAGGCCUUUGACCAUGGCCCGGCGCCGCCAUCGCGCGGCGAUGACUACCCCCCUCACCCCCACCGAUACUCCUCGGGCGAAGCCUUCUCUCCGACGGCAGCAAUGGCACCGCCCCUAUUGACGGCGAACGACCUGCCGCCCCCAGAAGGUCUUGAGUACCAGAUGCCUCUCGAGCCGAGAGAGGUUCCGUUUGCCAUCCAUGACCCUCACGAUGCCAACACGCCAAUGUCAAAGUUUGACAACAUUGCUGCUGUCCUGCGCCACCGCGGCCGUACAGCUUCCAAGAUGCCUGCUUAUUGGGUCUUGGACAACAGGGGCAAGGAGAUGGCAUCCAUCACUUGGGACAAGCUCGCCUCGAGGGCUGAAAAGGUCGCGCAGGUCAUCCGUGACAAAAGCUCGCUAUACCGAGGAGAUCGCGUCGCCCUCAUCUACCGUGAUUCCGAAAUCAUCGACUUCGCGAUUGCGCUGCUGGGAUGUUUCAUAGCUGGUGUCGUCGCGGUCCCCAUCAAUGACCUGCAGGACUACCAGAAGCUCAACCUGAUCCUCACAUCAACGCAAGCGCACCUCGCCCUGACCACAGAUCAGAACUUGAAGGCGUUCCAGCGUGACAUCACCACUCAGAAGCUGAACUGGCCUAAGGGGGUGGAAUGGUGGAAGACGAACGAAUUCGGAAGCUACCAUCCUAAGCGCAAGGAGGAUGUUCCGCCAUUGACUGUUCCCGACUUGGCAUACAUAGAAUUCUCGAGGGCCCCAACAGGCGAUUUGAGGGGUGUUGUGCUCAGCCACCGCACCAUCAUGCACCAAAUGGCUUGCAUGAGCGCCAUCGUGUCUACGCUUCCCGGCAACGGACCUGGCGACACGUUCAACCGCCAUCUCCGGGACAAGAAUGGGAAACUGAUCGGCGCAGGCGCUGCCAGCGAGACGCUUCUUUCUUACCUCGAUCCGCGACAGGGCAUCGGCAUGAUUCUCGGCGUUCUCUUGACUGUCUACGGUGGCCACACCACCGUCUGGGUGGACAGCAAGGUGGCCGAGGUCCCUGGCCUGUACGCAAACCUCAUCACCAAGUACAAGGCCACAAUUCUUGUCGCGGACUACCCAGGCCUGAAGCGCGCCGCAUACAACUAUCAACAAGAUCCAAUGACCACUCGAAACUUCAAGAAGGGCAUGGAACCCAACUUUCAGACGGUCAAGAUUUGCCUGAUCGAUACCUUGACCGUCGACAGCGAGUUCCAUGAAGUACUGGCUGAUAGAUGGCUGAAGCCGCUGAGGAAUCCUAGAGCCAGAGAGGUUGUCGCGCCCAUGUUGUGCCUCCCAGAGCAUGGCGGCAUGAUCAUAAGUAUCCGGGAUUGGCUCGGCGGCGAAGAAAGGAUGGGCUGUCCCUUGAAGUUGGAGCUUGGGUCAGAUGUCGACUCAGACACGGAAGAAAAGGAAGUGAAGCCGACUCCGUCGAAUGGCUUUGGCAGUCUCCUGGGCGGUGCAACAACUGCGACUGAGCAAAAGUCAAAGAAUGACCUGAGCUCGGUUCUGCUCGACAGAGAAGCCCUGAAGACCAACGAAGUCGUUGUGGUUGCUAUUGGGGACGAAGUAAACAAGAGAGUUAGCGACCCCGCGACAGUGCGUGUUGGUGCCUUUGGAUACCCCAUCCCAGAUGCUACGUUGGCCGUUGUGGACCCUGAGACCGGCUUACUGUCGUCUCCUCACUCAGUGGGCGAGAUCUGGGUUGAUUCGCCAUCCCUUUCUGGUGGAUUUUGGGCACUGCCAAAGCACACCGAGCAGAUCUUCCAUGCUCGUCCUUACAAAUUUGAGCCUGGCGAGCCAACGCCUACGGCAGUCGAGCCCGAGUUCUUGCGAACAGGUCUCCUAGGUACCGUCAUCGAAGGCAAAGUCUUUAUUCUUGGCCUGUACGAAGACCGUAUCAGGCAAAAGGUGGAAUGGGUAGAGCACGGCACCGAGCUCGCCGAGCACAGAUAUUUCUUCGUCCAGCAUAUCGUUGUCAGUAUCGUCAAGAACGUUCCGAAGAUCUACGACUGUUCUGCCUUUGACGUUUUUGUCAACGAUGAGCACCUGCCAAUCGUCGUCCUCGAAUCACCAGCAGCAUCAACAGCUCCGUUAGCCUCUGGUCAGCCGCCGAGACAACUCGACACGCCACUAUUGGAAUCACUGGCUGAGCGAUGCAUUGACGUUCUCAUGCAAGAACACCACCUCCGCCUUUACUGCGUCAUGAUCACGGCGCCCAACUCCCUGCCCAGAGUGCUGAAGAACGGUCGUAGAGAGAUCGGCAACAUGCUCUGCCGGCGCGAGUUUGAUCUUGGCAAUCUGCCUUGUGUUCACGUCAAGUUUGGCGUUGAGCAUGCUGUCCUCAAUCUGCCCAUCGGCGUAGACCCAAUGGGUGGCAUCUGGUCCAACCUUGCCUCGGAAUCACGCGCGGACAUUUUGAUGCCGACCGACAAGCAGUACUCUGGUAUCGAUCGCCGAGAGGUCGUCAUUGAUGAUCGGACGUCGACUCCCCUGAACAACUUCUCCUGUAUCACCGAUCUCAUUCAGUGGCGAGUCGCACGACAGCCUGAGGAGCUGUCGUACUGCACCAUCGAUGGACGCAGCAGGGAAGGCAAGGGUAUCACCUGGAAGAAAUUCGAUACCAAGGUCGCAGCUGUGGCGUUGUAUCUGAAGAACAAGGUCAAGGUUCGCCCGGGUGACCACAUCAUCAUGAUGUAUACGCAUUCGGAGGAGUUCGUCUUUGCGAUACACGCAUGUAUCAACCUUGGUGCUGUCGUCAUCCCCAUGGCGCCAUUGGAUCAGAACCGUCUCAAUGAAGAUGUCCCAGCGUUCCUCCACGUUGUAUCCGACUACAACGUCAAGGCCUGUCUUGUCAAUCAAGAUGUGGACCACCUCAUCAAGAUGAAGAACGUGGCGAGCCACAUUAAGCAGUCGGCACAGAUCCUCAAAAUCCCCAUCCCCAACUACUUCAACACCACGAAACCUCCAAAACAAAACAGCGGUCUCCGAGACUUGGGGAUCACGAUGCAGCCAGCCUGGAUCCAGCCGGGCUACCCCGUCAUUAUCUGGACCACGACUGGUCUAGGGUUCAUCCACACGUGCUUGAUGGGCAUCUACAUUGGCACUCCAACCUACCUUCUCUCGCCGGUCGAGUUUGCGCAGAAUCCCAUGUCACUCUUCGUCAUCCUUUCGAGGUAUAAGAUUAAGGACACGUACGCAACACCUCAAAUGCUGGACCACGCCAUGGCUAUGACGCAGGGCAAGGGCUUCACGCUCCACGAGCUCAAGAAUAUGAUGAUCUCGGCAGACAGUCGCCCCCGCGUCGAUGUGUUCCAGAAAGUGCGUCUCCACUUCGCAGCUGCUGGACUCGACAGGACAGCCAUCAACACCGUGUACUCACACGUGCUGAACCCCAUGGUGGCCUCGCGGUCAUACAUGUGUAUAGAGCCGAUCGAAUUGUGGCUCGACACCAAGGCGUUGCGACGCGGCCUCAUCAUUCCCGUGGACCCAGACUCGGAACCGAAACCGUUGAUGAUCCAAGACUCUGGCAUGGUGCCUGUCUCAACGCAGAUCGCCAUUGUCAACCCCGAGAGUCGCAUGCUGUGCCAUGACGGCGAGUACGGCGAGAUUUGGGUAGACUCGGAGGCAUGCGUCAAGUCAUUCUAUGGAUCUAAGGAUGCCUUUGACGCAGAGCGUUUCGACGGCCGCACGCUCGAUGGUGACCCGAGCAUUCCCUACGUCCGCACCGGUGACCUCGGGUUCUUGCAUAACGUGAGCAGGCCUAUAGGACCUGGAGGUGCGCAGGUAGAUAUGCAAGUCCUAUUCGUGCUCGGGAACAUUGGAGAGACUUUCGAGAUCAACGGUCUCAGCCACUUCCCGAUGGAUAUUGAGUAUUCAGUCGAGCGCUGUCAUCGUAGCAUCGCUGGAGGUCUCGUAGUGGUCCUCGUGGAGGUGGCGCGUAAGUCGUACCUCGCCUCUAUCGUGCCAGUCAUCGUCAAUGCUAUCCUCAACGAGCACCAAAUCAUCGUUGAUAUUGUCGCUUUCGUCGGCAAGGGCGAGUUCCCUCGCUCGCGUCUCGGCGAGAAGCAGCGAGGAAAGAUCCUGGCUGGCUGGGUGACGCGUAAGUUGCGCACUAUGGCUCAAUUCGCCAUUCGCGACAUGGAUCCAUCUGAAAUGGGUGGCGAGUCGGGCACCGCAGACUCUGCUGACCCUAACCGUGCUUCGGUCGUCAGCCAACGCAGCUCGGGCGUCCCAGCAGCGGGGGCCUCGAGUCUUCGCAACGUUGAGCAUGCGCCGCAAAUCCUGGAACAGGAGGAGUUUGAGCAGCAGAUGGGCCACAUUGCAUCAAUGCCGCCGGCUGAGAUGCCCGGCGACCAGCGCCAGGCAUACGCGGCGACGCAGUCGUCCAGCGACUCGCAGACCGCCCGCGGCCAGCCCUCACUCUCAGGCAGCGGCCACGCCGGGCAGUAUGGCUCGGGUGACUAUGCACAAUAUGGCGAGGAGGUGCCACCGGCUGUGGCACCCAAGCCGGGCGCACACGGAGGUGUCGGGCCGCCGCAGCUCCGGCUCCCAGGCGUCGACGGGCGCGAGAGCAUGGAGCUCUGGCGCAAGGGCAAUGAAGGGCCCACUGAUGAGGAAGACUGGACCCGGGAUGCGAUCAUGCACAUGAACCUGGCCAACGAUAUGGAUCGGCGGCAGUAA